GAAGUUCUAAAUAUAAUGAAGCAAAGACAACAUAUAAUGGUUUCUUUUCAAGAGUACAAUCAAUGAAUCCUGAUUUUUAUAAUUGGAAUAUCAUAAAUAUAAAUUAUUGUGAUGGAACAGGUAAUUCUUAUAAGAGAUAUGAAUAUAUUAGGUCAUUAAGGAUAUAAGAAAGAACCAUCUACAUUUAAUGGUAGAUUACUCUACUUUAGAGGAGAUAAAAUAGUUAAAUCAAUAAUAAUUGAAUUCUAUGAACGAAUGAGUAAAGGAGGAACAGUAAUAGUAUCAGGUUGUUCAGCAGGAGGAUUAGCAGCAUAUUAUUGGGUUGAAUAUUUUAGAGAUAUUUUACCUAUAAAUGUUUAAGUUUUAGGAAUCCCUGAUUCUGGAAUAUUUAUUGAUAUGAAAUCUAUUGAUGGGACAGAUUUACCCAAAUAGUCAUUAAUUGAAAUGCAAAAAUUAGUAAAUUAAGAAGCUAGUAAUCCAAAUGCUGAAUGUGUUUAAAACAAUCCUAAUGAACAUUGGAAAUGUUUCUAUGCUUAAUAUUUACUAAGGUUAUUUUAAUUAUUUAUUCUAGAUAUGUAAAUGUUCCUAUCUUUAUUGUUAAUUCUCUUUAUGAUACUGCUAGUAUUAAAGAUCUUUUAAUGAUAUCUUGUGUUUCUAGAAAUUCAUUAGCAGGUUGUUCUUAAAAAGAAAGAAGAUAUAUAGAAGAAUUACAUUCUAGCAUUCAAAAUGUUAUCUAUGGCAGACAAUCUAUUUUUAAAAACACUGGUUCUUUUGCACCUGCAUGUUUAGACCAUUGGUAAACUUAAUUAUAUAUCUAUAUUAGUUUCUUAUAAUAAACAUCUUAUACAUCUACUUCAUGGUAAGUACCUGCUAAAUCUGGAUUUACCAUUCAAAAGAGUUUAAGAUAAUGGUUAAUAUAAUUUAAUGUUGGCAAUAUAGAUAAUCAUAUUGAUUCAGUAGAUUGGCCUGAUAAUCAAGCUUGUUCUAAUGCUUGA